UUGUGUCCCUUCAAAACAACAGAGGAACAACAAUCACUAGGGACAGGAAACUGUGCCACCCUUCCAGGUCCGCUGGAGAGAGAGAAACUGAAGGGAAGGAUCGGGGCCUUUCAUUGGAGAUGGGAAUCAGAAAGUAGCAAAUAACAGAGAUCAGGUUGCACUUUUCAACAAAAGGCACAGAGCCACCUGAAGGAGAGAGAGGCAGUCCUGCACCUGAGGAUAAUGUGGCACUCUUCCUGAAGGGUUGUUUGGAGUUAGGUUUGAAGAGCUCUCAGUUAUUUGAUCCUGGAGAUCUACAAGACACCUCUGCACGUUCUAACAACAAGCAGAGGAGUGUGCCAGCCUAAAGUGAAGCAUCAGGGACAGUGGUUACAUAGACUGCUGGGUGUACGAGCGCAGUGACUCUUUCUCCCUGCCGAGGCACGCACGAGACGACUCAAUCGACAGCCUGGACUCCAUCAGCUUGUGUUCCCAUCAAACCCCCUCGCCUGAUGGCCUACUUCUUCAUGGCUACAGCGAUGGCCGUGGCAGCGACUCAGAGUGCGACACCCCCCAGAGGAAGAUUCCAGACAUGCGCAAGGAUGACAUGCUGGUCCGACGAACUUCCUGCAGUAAAUCCCGGACUGCCAUUCCUUUCAACCAGUAUCUGCCCAAAAAAAGUAACCAGAGCUCAUACAUACCUGCACCACUGCGAUGUCCUUGCUCAGACAGAGAUGACAGCCGCAAAAGCUGGAGUAAUGCAAACUCACCUAAUGGAGGAGAAAAACCUUUCAGAUUUAGCUGCUCAUCUAGUGUGUUUGAUGAUCCAGAGAGUGUAAGCAUGAUUGACAUGAGAAGUGAGGAAGAGUCUAUGUUGCUGCCCCAUAGUCAAGUUCGACAUGAUCUCAUGCACAACCAGUACAACAAGCUGAAAGAUGAAGAAGACCAUUGGCAGGAUGACUUGGCCAAAUGGAAGAGUCGCAGAAGAAAUGUGUCCCAGGAUCUGAUCAAGAAAGAAGAGGAGAGAAGGAUGAUGCAGAGACUGUUGGGUGCAGAUGGAGCAUCACAGAGAAGGAAAAGUAUCAAGACGUACAGAGAAAUAGUGGAGGAGAAGGAGCGUCGUGAACAGGAGCUGCAAGAAGCAUACUGGAACGCCCGCACACCAGAAGAAGCAGCUUCUGUGCUGCAGCGUUAUGCCCAGCGUUUUACCAUCAGUGAGGCAGUUACUGAGUGCCUCAAACUCCCCAAGCUUCUGGAGAGGAGUGUGUCGGCUGACCCCACCCGUCACUCUUUUUCUUUGAGUGCUUCCUUAAACCCACUGCAGUACCUGAGGCAGCAGUCAGUUCCCUUGGCCAAAUUUACAUCCAUGGUUGAAGAACGAGUGACAGGAUACUGCACAGAUGAAUUCGUGGGAGAUGUGACAGGACCCUCGCGGUGUCCAAAAGCUUACAGCAGUGCUACUGCUGAAAUGAGAACAGAUAAGGUGGAUGAAAUAAUGUGCGUGACUGGAGAAAGAAAGGAUGCCAGCCAUAGCAAUAAGAAGGGAGGGCCACAGAAAAACAAAGAAGCAGAAGAUGAUUAUCUGCAGUUCUUCCCAUCUUCUUACCAACACACAGCCUCAGACAUCACAGAUACUGAUAUGUCAGGGGUCCAGCCCACAGACCAGACACUCUCAUCUAUGUGCACACAAGAGUAUUACGAGAAAGACACCGAUACAACAGAGGUUGAAGGUGGAACAGUCCCACAGGCUGGUGAUGUCGCUAUAUUCCCAGAAGUGUUGGAGAUAAAAGCAGAAAAGAUAGAUCAAGAGCAGACAGAUAAGAUACAUAUGAGUGACUCUCAAACGGCCAUGAUUCAGUUUGACUACUCUGCUGUGCAGGAAAAUAAACUAGCAACUGAGAUCCCACAGAAAUCAACAAAUCAAUCAGUACCAUCUAACCUUGAAUCAUACAUAACCAAAUCAGAUAUGGCAGAAAAAAAUGGAAAUGAGAGAAAGAUUCUGGAAGAGACCCUGACCCCUCUGGCCCCUCACUCAACGAUUGCACGAUCAGCCCUUCCCAAAACCCACAGCACUUUACAAUCCCACCCUAAGCCAGAAAACAAACAGGGGCUACAGGAGAAGCAGAUGAGCUCUGGGACUUUUAGGCAAAGAGAAGUCGGCAACAGUGAAGCAGCCCAAAGACAGACAGAGAGUUUACAGAUUUCUCCCCUUCAAGGUUGUGGUUCAUUGGGACAGAGAGGACAAGGAGACCAGAGCCAAGAAAAGCGGCCCACAUUACCAUCUAGUCAGGAUAUGCCACUGGGUAACAGACAGAGACCCCAGCAGAAUGAGACCUGGAAAAAGAAUACAUCUCAAUCAAAAUCUGGUGGACGCAAGAGGUCUGACUCUGUAGAGAACAUUGGCCCAAAUUCAUCAACAUCACCUUCAUUCACAGAUACACAACCACCUCCAUCACCAAACAGGUCUGUUAGUGGGAAGAAACUUUGUUCAAGCUGUGGUCAUUCACUUGGUAAAGGUGCCGCCAUGAUUAUAGAGACUCUCAGCCUUUAUUUCCACAUCCAGUGCUUUAAGUGUGGAAUCUGUAAGGGCCAGUUGGGUGACACCAGCACAGGAACAGAUGUGAGGAUCAAAAAUGGUCUACUCAACUGCCAUCAAUGUUAUAUCCACUCCCGCUCCUCUGGACAGCCCACAAACUUGUGAGCUCAUUGAUUUUGAGAGCAAAGAAAUCUACCCAUAAUACUGUCACCCCCAGUCCUCCCCCAAUACACAAAAGUGAAUUUUGCACCCUCAGAUUCCAGAUUUUGAAAUGGUUGUAUCUCUGACAAAUAUUGUCC